GGAAAGGGCCUGAACUUGGCAGUCCAUAGAUCCAGGUCGAGUUCCGGUUUCCCUGCUUACGGAUCGGGCCGCCUCCCUACGUUGCGAUAACCUCUGUGAGUCCCCUUCCUUGCCGAUGAAAGCAAGGGUGAUCAAGUCUCGCACGUUUUUGGAAAAUGAUUCUAACCCAAUCUGUGGUGUAAAAAAGCAAACCACAACCACUCGGGGGCUUUUUUCACAGGGCAACACGUGGCUCCCAGUUCAGGUCCCGGGUUGGCGGGUGCGGGCACAGGCUCUGCCUCCCCCAGGGGGCAGACGGUCUGGAAGGAGGUGGCGACACCUGUCCGCACACACCUGAGCCUGCGGAGGAACCAGCGGUACACAAAAGCGCUCCCCACCCCCACACAGCACCCAGCGCGCGCCUCUCACCACGCCCGAGGCUGUGCUCUGGAGAUGCCUGCCUUGCCCUUCUCUUCCUGCAGUAGCCAGGCCUUUGCCAUUUACUAGGCGCUUUCAGAAUGUUCAUUUCUCCAUAAUUUCCACUGCUUGAAGGCUGCUCGAGGAACAGGAGCAGCGGCGAAACCCAGGUCUGUCGGUUUACGAGGUAAGGAAGGGUGGGGAAUCCGACCACGACGACUCCCAGUCGGCGCCGCGGGGGCGGCACCAGGCAGGGGUAGGGGUGGCCCGGCGCUGCCCUGGAGGGGGCUGGUCGUGCGGCCGGAUUCCCGCGCGGGGCGGGGCUGCCCCGCCCUUGGCUCCGCCUCCGCCCCGUCCCCGCACACCUGGCCCGCAGGUAGCCGGCACCAGGCGCCUUAGCGAAGCUGUAGGGCCUGCUGGCCGCUCGUCCUCCUCGGGCCCGGGGGCUCCGCGCCUGGAGCUGCGCCGGCGGCAGCCAUGGACCCGGGCCCCGGGGACGCGGCAGGAGGGGGACCGCUCGCGCCCCGGCCCCGCCGCCGCCGCUCCCUGCGCCGCCUGUUCAGCCGCUUCCUGCUGGCGCUGGGCAGCCGCUCACGCCCCGGGGACUCGCCGCCCCGGCCCCAGCCGGGACACUGCGAUGGCGACGGUGAGGGGGGCUUCGCCUGCGCCCCGGGCCCAGUUCCAGCGGUCCCCGGGAGCCCCGGGGAGGAGCGCCCGCCCGGACCCCAGCCCCAGCUCCAGCUCCCUGCCGGCGAUGGGGCGCGGCCGCCGGGCGCUCAGGGCUUGAAGAACCACGGCAACACCUGUUUCAUGAACGCCGUGGUGCAGUGUCUCAGCAACACCGACCUGCUGGCCGAGUUCCUGGCGCUGGGGCGCUACCGGGCGGCGCCGGGCCGCGCCGAGGUCACCGAGCAGCUGGCGGCGCUGGUGCGCGCGCUCUGGACUCGCGAAUACACGCCCCAACUUUCCGCGGAGUUCAAGAAUGCAGUUUCCAAGUACGGCUCUCAGUUCCAGGGCAAUUCCCAGCACGACGCCCUGGAAUUCCUGCUCUGGUUGCUGGAUCGUGUACAUGAGGACCUGGAGGGUUCAUCCCGAGGGCCAGUGUCGGAGAAGCUUCCGCCUGAAGCCACUAAAACCUCUGAGAACUGCCUGUCAACAUCAGCUCAGCUUCCUCUAGGUCAAAGCUUUGUGCAAAGCCACUUUCAAGCACAAUAUAGAUCUUCCUUGACUUGUCCCCACUGCCUGAAACAGAGCAACACCUUUGAUCCUUUCCUGUGUGUGUCCCUACCCAUCCCCUUGCGCCAGACGAGGUUCUUGAGUGUCACCUUGGUCUUCCCCUCUAAGAGCCAGCGGUUCCUGCGGGUUGGCCUGGCCGUGCCGAUCCUCAGCACAGUGGCAGCCCUGAGGAAGAUGGUUGCAGAGGAAGGAGGCAUCCCUGCAGAUGAGGUGAUCUUGGUUGAACUGUAUCCCAGUGGAUUCCAGCGUUCUUUCUUUGAUGAAGAGGACCUGAAUACCAUUGCAGAGGGAGAUAAUGUGUAUGCCUUUCAAGUUCCUCCCUCACCCAGCCAGGGGACUCUCUCAGCUCAUCCACUGGGUCUGUCGGUCUCCCCACGCCUGGUAGCCCGUGAGGGCCAGCGAUUCUCCCUCUCUCUCCACAGUGAGAGCAAGGUGCUAAUCCUCUUCUGUAACUUGGUGGGGUCAGGGCAGCAGGCUAGCAGGUUUGGGCCGCCUUUCCUGAUAAGGGAAGACAGAGCUGUUUCCUGGGCCCAGCUCCAGCAGUCUAUCCUCAGCAAGGUCCGCCAUCUUAUGAAGAGUGAGGCCCCUGUACAGAACCUGGGGUCUCUGUUCUCCAUCCGUGUCGUAGGACUCUCUGUGGCCUGCAGCUAUUUGUCUCCGAAGGACAGUCGUCCCCUCUGUCACUGGGCAGUUGACAGGGUUUUGCAUCUCAGGAGGCCAGGAGGCCCUCCACAUGUCAAGCUGGCGGUGGAGUGGGAAAGCUCUGUCAAGGAGCGCCUGUUCGGGAGCCUCCAGGAGGAGCGAGCGCAGGAUGCCGACAGCGUGUGGCAGCAGCAGCAGGCGCACCAGCAGCACAGCUGUACCUUGGACGAAUGUUUUCAGUUCUACACCAAGGAGGAGCAGGUCCCCCCUGGGGGUCCAUGCCCCGGCCGGGAAGGGGGCUGGCUGCCUUUAGCGGGUUGGCCAUGUGCCGCGCGGGCCUCACAGUCUGGGUGGUUUCCUUUCCAGCUGGCCCAGGACGACGCCUGGAAGUGUCCCCACUGCCAAGUCCUGCAGCAGGGGAUGGUGAAGCUGAGUUUGUGGACGCUGCCUGACAUCCUCAUCAUCCAUCUCAAAAGGUUCUGCCAGGUGGGCGAGAGAAGAAACAAGCUCUCCACGCUGGUGAAGUUUCCGCUCUCUGGACUCAACAUGGCUCCCCAUGUGGCCCAGAGAAGCACCAGCCCCGAGGCAGGACUGGGCCCCUGGCCUUCCUGGAAGCAGCCGGGCUGCCUGCCCACCAGUUACCCUCUGGACUUCCUGUACGACCUGUACGCCGUCUGCAACCACCACGGCAACCUGCAAGGUGGGCAUUACACAGCCUACUGCCGGAACUCUCUGGAUGGCCAGUGGUACAGUUACGAUGACAGCACGGUGGAACCACUUCGAGAAGAUGAGGUCAACACCAGAGGGGCUUACAUCCUGUUCUAUCAGAAGCGGAAUAGCAUCCCUCCCUGGUCAGCCAGCAGCUCCAUGAGAGGCUCUACCAGCUCCUCCCUGUCCGAUCACUGGCUCCUACGACUGGGGAGCCACGCUGGCAGCACUAGGGGAAGCCUGCUGUCCUGGAGCUCUGCCCCCUGCCCCUCCCUGCCCCAGGUUCCCGACUCUCCCGUCUUCACCAACAGCCUCUGUAAUCAGGAAAAGGGAGGUUUGGAGCCCAGGCGUUUGGUACGGGGCGUGAAAGGCAGAAGCAUUAGCAUGAAGGCACCCACCACUUCCCGAGCCAAGCAGGGACCGUUUAAGACCAUGCCUCUGCGGUGGUCCUUUGGAUCCAAGGAGAAACCACCAGGUGCCUCCGUCGAGUUGGUGGAGUACUUGGAAUCCAGACGAAGACCUCGGUCCACGAGCCAGUCCAUUGUGUCGCUGUUGACGGGCACUGCGGGUGAGGAUGAGAAGUCAGCAUCGCCGAGGUCCAACGUCGCCCUUCCUGCUAACAGCGAAGAUAGUGGGCGGGCCAUUGAAAGAGGUCCAGCCGGGGUGCCCUGUCCCUUGGCUCAAUCCAACCACUGUCUGGCCCCUGGGAACUCAGAUGGUCCAAACACAGCAAGGAACCUCAAGGAAAAUGCAGGACAGGACAUCAAGCUUCCCAGAAAGUUUGACCUGCCUCUCACUGUGAUGCCUUCAGUGGAGCAUGAGAAACCAGCUCGACCGGAGGGCCAGAAGGCCAUGAACUGGAAGGAGAGCUUCCAGAUGGGAAGCAAAAGCAGCCCACCCUCCCCCUAUAUGGGAUUCUCUGGAAACAGCAAAGACAGUCGCCGAGGCACCUCUGAGCUAGACAGACCCCUGCAGGGGACACUCACCCUUCUGAGGUCGGUGUUUCGGAAGAAGGAGAACAGGAGGAAUGAGAGGGCAGAGGUCUCUCCACAGGUGCACCCCGUCUCCCUGGCGAGUGGCAGGCUGAGUCCUGCCAUGGACGGGCAGCCUCCAGGCUCACCUCCUGCCCUCAGGAUCCCAGAGGGCCUGGCCAGGGGCCUGGGCAGCCGGCUUGAGAGGGAUGUCUGGUCAGCCCCCAGCUCUCUCCGCCUCCCUCGUAAAGCCAGCAGGGCCCCGAGAGGCAGUGCACUGGGCAUGUCACAGAGGACUGUUCCAGGGGAGCAGGCUUCUUAUGGCACCUUUCAGAGGGUCAAAUACCACACUCUUUCUUUAGGUCGAAAGAAAACCUUACCAGAGUCCAGCUUUUGAUGGAGCGUGUCAGUAUUGUGUGACGCUGGCAUUCUUGGGACUUUGCCAAGCAACUGUAGGCAGCUUAUGUUGAGAGUGGGUUUCCAGGAAGCCAGUUGUCUUGUAAUCCCUAAAAAAAAAAAAUCUUUUUUUUUUUUUUUUUUGCGGGGGGGUGGAGGGUUCUCCAUAUCUAGACUUCCAACACCCAAGGUCCAUAUAACCCAAGGUCCAAAACCUUCCUGUAUCAUUGGGUGCUUUGCUACAGUCUGGCCACUAGAGGAUGCUAUUGGGUCAGUAUUACCAGUUUCAGGGCAAGAACUGGUAUUUACUAAAAAGUUUUGGAUGUGGGCAAACAAGGUGAACCUGGUUAAUAAGAGUCUUCAGCGUCAUGUCAAAUACUGUCACUGCCUUUUCCUUUUUCUUUCUUUUUUUUUUUUAAAAACCGUGGACUUAAAAAUAUUUUAUUUUUAAUGCUUCUCUGGGAUAAGCAUUAAAGAUGCCAAAAAAAGAGAAAAAACAAAAACGAAUGAUAGUGAUGGUAAGGGAAGAUUCUAGCAAAGAGAGAUGGGAGAUAAAUGGCUGAGAGUUCAGGUGAAUAUUUAAUAUAUUAAAAAUUGUAUUAAAGUUUUUCAGGGUAUUUUAAAAAUAACUAUUUUGAUACUAGAAAAAAAGUUCAUUUUUUAAUUUAAAUAUGAGAUCUAUGUACAAUUUUAAUAAAAUCCUGUCCAUGAAACAUG